AUGGGUGCUAUUACUACUGCUGGUAAGCUGAUAUUCGUGGCUUUCCUUACGUGGAGUACAUUCUUGUGUGCUUUGAGUGGCGUUGUUCAAGGGAAGGACGUGGAUAUCAAUGACAGUGGCUAUGUGGUGGGGAGUGGCGGUGGCGGCAAUGGAGUUACCGGGGGCUCUGGACGUGGUGAGGGAUAUGGUGCAGGUGGAGGCAGCAAUGGAAGUGGAGGAGGGGGCGGCGGCGGUGGAGGAGGAGGAGGAGGAGGAGGAAGUGGUGGGUCCGGCCAUGGAGAAGGAUUCGGAGCAGGAGGUGGAGUAGGUGAAAAUGGAGGUGGUGGUGGUGGAGAAGGUGGUGGAAGUGGCGGCGGCGGUGGAGGAGGGGGGGGAGAGGGAGGAAGCAAUGUUGGAAGUGGUGAAGGCUCAGGUCAUGGAAGUGGUUUUGGAGAAGGAGCUGGCAUGGGAAUUGCAGGAGGAGGGGGACGAGGUGGAGGCGGCGGCGGCGGCGGGGGCAGAGGCCAUGGCGGAGGAUAUGGUGAAGGUAGUGGAGUCGGUGCAGGUUUGGGCGUGAGCAACAAUAUUGGUGGAGUAGGAGGAAGUAGUGGAGGAGGUGGAGGUGGAGGUGGAAGCGGAGGUGGCGGCGGCGGAGGUGGAGGAGGAGGGAGUGGAUAUGGAGAAGGAUAUGGUGGAGGGGAAGGAGGAGGCUAUGGAGGAGGGAAUACGAAUAACAAUGGAAAUGGCAAGGGAAUGGGAAUGGGAUUUGGAAUGGGAAUGGAAUGGGAUUCGGAUUUGGAGUAGGGGCAACCAAUGGAGCAGCUGGAAAUACUGCCAUGAGUGUCCAUUCUCACCAACCCUAGCUCUUACGAUCUCCCUCCCUUCAUAAAAUAUAUCAUACCAAAACUCCAUAAUUUGUUUGAUGUCUCUAGUGUUCAUGACAUGUGAUCUACUGUUUUACCUAGAGAUGAAUCCUAGUUCAUGAUUCUCGUGCAAAAUAAUAAAUUACCAUUUCUUUUUCUUUUUUA